UGUCCCUGCAAUGAGCAUGUGCUCAAGCUAACAUGGAUACCAUCUUGGUCUUCAGCCUCAUCAUUACAUCCUACGAUGCCGACAAGAAAGACCUCAGAGAUAGCAGUUGCCAAGUGGAACAGCUGCCUGGGCUCUUCCCAAAGGAUGUGCCAAGCAUCAGGGAUUUGCUAAUGCAAGAAACUCACACAGAAACCAAAAGGGCAACAUUCAUCCAAAAUCAGACUGUGGCUACUCUGCAGUGCCUUGGUUCUGGGAGCAAAGUGAAAGUCAACCUUCUGUAUUUGGAGAGAAAGGCAAAGGUUAAGCAUAUUAUAAAGAACCUGAAAGUCGUUGCUGUUCCCCGCAGAAACAACUUUGUCUCCCCAAGCUGUCAGCUAACCCUUUCAUCCAAGUUUCAGACUGGAUCCCUUCUAACAGGCAAAGCUUUUUUACCAGGGAUCUCCCAAUGUAAGGUCUAUCCAGUGAUGUGGGCUUCAUCAGAGACUUUUUCCACCUCUACUGAUGCCAUUACUCCUGGGAAUACAGAAGGAGAGAAAACUACAAGUAUUGACACAGAUGAGAACCUAGAGAAGAGGAAGAAAUGGAGUAUUGUGGUCAAAUUUCUGAUUGCUGUCACCUUGUUGCUCAGUGGAGUCGCCAUUAUAGUAUUUGUAAUCUUUGAAGUCCCAUGUCCUUGUCAAUGCAAAGGAGCCAGGAAGCUGUGCCAAUGCCAGUGGUGGUGGAGAAGGCAAAGGAAAGGAGGCCAGAAACCUGGGACAGCUGAAUCCCAGCGUGACUCUCAGCCUGAGAAGGAAAGUGUUGGACAAGAUGCUCCCAACUCAUCAAACCCAAAGAAAACUGCAGGGAUCACUGUUAUCCACCAGACAUACUUCUGAAAAGUUUUGCUCUGCCUCACACAUUGAAUGAAGGAUACUACACUGUCCUCUCCCUAUUAUCAACAUGGGCAGAUUCUUGCCAAUUUUACACUUGUAUCUUCAGUGGGGACAUUAUAA